AGGCAGCCCCUGAGAUUCACACUAUGAAGAAGAUUCUCUCCAUUUUCAAUAGCACCAUUCUGACUAGUGCUACGGAAUCAUGGUUGAGCUUUGGGUCCGUCUUCAUGAACUUUUACCCCAAGUGCAUCUUUCUGGGUGCACUAGGGCUGCUGUUUUUGUACCUAAGGUACCGGAUACAGAAAUUCUACUUACCCAAACAGACCAGUCAAGGAAUCAGAAAGCAACAGGGCAGAGCUAAGAAGGAAAAGAGAACGUCGUUUAACGAAUUCAGAAACUUACACGGAGAAGCGCGGGAGUGGAGGAAGCUGCAGUCUGUUGUGCAAAGCCCCCGUGGACAACUCUACGACCCCUCCUACUUCCGGCAAGUGCUUUGUCCGAAUCCCAGCUGUGACGUGUGUGACGGAGCAUCGGUGAAGGUCAAGCGGCUGCUCUCGUGGGCCAGCCUUGAAGACUGUUCUGCCUCCGUGUCCAGCAUGGCUUCCACAGCUUCCGUGACUGAGACCUCAUUCACUCCCUCCUCUUCCCUCUCCCCGAGCCUUUCAGGAUAUCAGACCUCAUCUUUUUCAUUCGCACCUUCUCCCCCUCCUCCCUCCGUCCUCUCAACUAACGAGCUCGCCUCCUGGGAAGACAUUCUUUUGUGCACGCCACAGGUCGACUCUCUGCCGCCAGAGCCCGCUUUCGCAGGCGCUGGCUUCCCACUGGAUCACAUCCUACCUUACCCGCUUUCCCAUUCUCCUUCGGUGGCACAACCUGCCACUCAGCAAACAGGAGGGCUUUUAAGACUGGAAGAAACCAUUCAGUCCUUGGCUGGCAGCCAUGGUGACCUGUUUCUCGAUGCAACGACAAGCCAUGCCUUCCUAGAGUCCUCCCAACAGUCAGGUGGUAUUUACAACUCUUCCCCACCCCAGUCAAAAUGCUCAGUUAGCCAAGAGAUCCCCAACCACCACCACUCUCCUGAAGAUUUUGGCGGGAGACAAGCCUCACCCCACUUCCCAGUGCCUGAAGACCUCCUGAAAAUACUUGAGAGACAAGAGGAAAGUCAGGCUGACGUUCUCGUGUCGAAGGACAGGGAAGGAGAAGCAGAACCUUUCCAAAAGGCACUUGCAGUUUGGGAGAAAAGGUCACAGCCAUCUGCUGAACUACAGAACUCAGAAGACUCCUUUCCUCUAGGGGGCAGCAGAGCCAUACUCAGGGAGCUGAAUGCCCUGCAGGGGCUUGCUCAAGUGCAGACCGCUGAAGGCCAGUUAGAGGCCACGCCCUCACAGCACUUCUGGGGCCUGCCUUAUCUCCACAGUGAGUCCAUGAGCUGUAUCACCACAGUAUCCUCACACUGCUCCUCCAUGUGCAUCUGGUUCAAUAGAGCUACCGACUCCCCAGCCCUGGCUCCCCCCGCACCUCUGUCCUUGCCGGAUAGACACACACAGACCUUGACUCAAACUCAGUCCGGAAGCAUCCAUCUUGCCACGGCCCAGUCGCAGCUUCAGCCAAUGCCAAUGCUGUCACCUUCCUCUCAGUCUCAGGUUAGGGUUUGCGGUAUGUAUUUUCGUAGCUCCCAGGAGAUGAAAACACUACUGCAACCUGAAAUCCCCUACCUAGAGUACAACAUGAUGGCAAGAGAACAGGAAAGAGCGUGGGCGUUACCCUCUGUGGUCCAGAAAUCUCAGGAAAAAGUUUGUCUCCUUCCUGCCAAGCCCUCCUUGGCCAUACAAGCCUUUAAGAUCCAAACUCCCAGAUCUGUUCCUCCUAGAGACUUCCCCCUGACUGAUGGAUUCCAGAAGAAGUUUGAGCAACACCUUCGAAAGAGGUUCAUCCUACAGCGCUGGGGCCUGCCUCAGGGCAUCUAUAAGUCUCAGCUGUGGGUGAAUCCUGACCCUCCAGAAUCAUCUUGGAGCAGCCAUGGGCGCUCUGGCUUGAAGCACGAAGAUCACAAAGAGCCGCCCAAGCCACCUGUGUUAAACCAAGCUGGAAGCCCCCAAGAGAGGUGCUCAGGGUCUGUCUCUACAGAGAGAAAACCAGUCAAGGUGCAAGAACAGACUGUAGAGAUUAUUCAAAAAUAUCUCUGCAGUAACUCCAAGAGUGCUCUAGACAAUGGCCUGCCAUCAUCUGACCAGGAGAUGAACCUACAGGGUCGCUCAAGUAGUCUGUCAGACAAGCCUUCGGAAACCUCACAGGUGAGCCAAUUCCGGAAAAAAUUUGAAGCUGCCCCACAAGAACAUCUGAGAGGCCAUAUCGAUGGAACCAACGAGGAUCAGGUCCCUGUCACUGUGCCCAAAUUAGGGCAUCGUCCUCUCCAUUUUAACUCAUGUGUAGGCAAGAAAGAAAUCGGGGCUGAGACACAGCCACCACCCGAGAACAAGGAUGAGCAUACCAAGAGCACACAGAGAAUUGCAAUGUCUGCUGUGCAGCAGACAGCUGUUGUCCUUGACACCACCAGCCUGGAGGUGUCAGAGGGCAAAAGACACAGCCCAAAGGUGCCCAAAAUGUUGGUUGAGGCUGGCCCUGUGCCACUGGGUAAGAGCCUGAGUUCUAGCAAAAUAAUCCAGGGGCCUCAGGGAUCAAAGAUGGAUGACAAAAACAUAUUUGUAUCCAACAAGGUAAGCAACCUAGUCAGAGAGCAGCUCAGUGGCCUUCAUCCACAACCUAUCAAGAUGUUGAGUACCAGCCAGAGCGAGCAUUCGGAAGAGGCAGAUGGGAGCACAUCAACAACACAAAGUAGUAUCCUGUUCUUUGGAAGGGUCCCGGAAGAAAGAUCAGGUCCCCAGGAAAGCCAGGCAUCUGACUUCAUUUAUCAGGUGUUCAGGAAAGAGAAAUUUAAAUCAGAAGGCAGUCAGCCCAUCCUAGCUCCAGAGCCCCCAAAAGACGAGCUUCCUGUCUUAGAUAUAUUCACUUACAAAACUUUACCCGUUCAUGACCAGAGCCCUUCCAGUGCUCCCAUGAACGCUGCUCAGGUGGAGCAGCAGGAGCCCUGGGUGCCUCCUCACGCCUUAGGCAAGGGCCUGAACAAGGACACCCCUCUGUCUGCCAAGAGGUUGAGCCCUGCUCCACGGAAAACAGAAGAGCUUGGUGCAGGGGGUGCAGGGCCCGAGACAUUACAACCCGAUGGGAAGGACAGCCCGACCCAGGGGAAUUCUGGGAGAAGGCCUAUCCCAUCCCUGCCAGGGAAGGCUCUGUCUCCUCCUGAGCAUCAGUUCAGGAAGCACGUCAAACACUUUUUCCAGUGGCUUUCUCCUGACAAAAAAUGCAAAGGACAGGAAGCACUCCUGAAAAGGGAUGCUUCCCCAUCGUUGUCGGUACCAGCGAAUGACCCGGAACUAAAGGUGAAAGCUACUUCCCCUGGGAACACUGUAGCUCAGAAAGUCACGAGAGACUUUGGUAAGGUCCCCAAGGAGCAACUGGGGCAGAGGCAUGGUGCGUCAGAUACCUUGCGCCCCCGUGUGGCCUCAUCUCCUCCCACCAAGCCUGUGAAAACUAAGCCGAAGAAAGAGUACUGGGUCCCGACAGCCCAGGGACGCCAGUUCCAACACCCAGCCCCCUUCUCUAAAUUGCCAAGUCAGGCCACUGCUUUUGUUGGUCAAAAGAGAGGCGUGGCAGAAAGGGCCAGACAGCCCCAGAAAUGCGAGGCUUUACAGCCUCGCCCACCUGGGUCCCACAGAGAGUCAGAGCUGCGCCCAAAUCUCCUGUUGAGUCGAGCUGGGAAGGUUCCCCGGGGGACACCCCCCUUUGCUGUAGGAACUAUGUUGGCAGACAUGUCCCGGUUAUGUGAACAGAAAAUUCUGGCUCAGAAUUUCAGUGGAAAAGAUUUCGUUCCCCAGAAAUAAUCCACCUCUUAACAGUACUCAGUACCCUCAAUAAAUGUUUUAAU